AUGCUUCGACUUCUUGCUGUGGCAGUCUUUUCCGGGGCUCUUGGAGAGCAAAACGAAGCUGAGCUUUUCCAAGAGCUGAGUCUGCUGAAGCAAGCUGUGGCAGAACAGCAGCAACUCAUUGAGGCUCAACGAGUGAAAUUGGAUGACUUUUCAGGCAGCCGCAGGCUGCAAUUGACUCAGACGCAAUACGAUACAGAAAUUGCGACCAUCGCUGGGCUUCAAAAUGGUAUGGUCGGUGCCUUGGAUUCCGCUUGGCUUUGCCUUUGCGGUGCAUUGGUGAUGUUCAUGCACGCCGGCUUCGGCAUGUUGGAGACAGGGUGCUGCCGGGCCAAGAAUGCCUCUAACGUUUUGAUGAAGAACUUGGUGAACGUUUGUGUGGGCACUCUUGGCUGGUGGUCCCUUGGCUGGGCCUUUGCAUAUGGAGCAGAAGCACAAACCAAUGGCUUCAUCGGUGCCAGCGGCUUCUUUGGCAUCGGCUUCUAUACCCAGGAUGAGACGACAGGAAAUAUCACACCAGUUCAGUGCACCGCAGAUGGCUGUCAAAGCACAAUGCUGUCUUGGUUUUUCCAAUGGGCAUUCUGCACUGCUGGUGCCACUAUCGUCAGUGGUGGUGUUGCUGAGCGAGUGAAGAGUCCCACCUACGCCGCAUAUGCCUUUGUCAUGAGUGCCUUCAUCUACCCGGUGAUCGUUGCCUGGACUUGGGGCUACGGAUGGCUUUCAACUGUCUUCGACGUGGGCUUCAUGGACUUUGCGGGAAGUGGCGUUGUGCACCUGACGGGUGGGGUCUCUGCCUUGGCUGGGACUGCGGUCUUGGGCCCGCGCAAAGGUCGCUUCGAAAAUCCCGAGGAAUUCGAGGCACACAACCUUCCCCUCGUGGUGUUUGGAACCUUUGCCCUUUGGUUCGGCUGGUACGGCUUCAACCCCGGCUCAACCUUGGGCAUGUCAAGCGGCACCACCGGAGCAUUGGCAGCACAGGUGGCCAUGAACACCACCAUCUCUGCCGCUACUGGAGGUAUUUUUGUCUUCUUGAUCCGGGCCUUUAUUACCAAGAAAUAUGAUGUCGGCGGACUUUGCAAUGGCAUUUUGGCUGGUUUGGUGUCCAUCACAGCCGGGUGUGGGAAUAUGGAAUGUGGCUGUGCCUUCGCGACCGGCCUUGUGGGUGCCCUCGUGUAUCAAGGUGCUUCUACCUUGUUGGUCAAGCUGAAGAUUGAUGACCCUGUGGACGCCAGCCCCGUCCACGGCUUCUGUGGCAUUUGGGGUGUACUGGCAGCCAGCUUUUUCGAUUGGGGCAAGGGUUUGAACUACUACCAUGGAUGGUCCGGCUGGUCUUGCAUGGCAGCAAAUGGAAGCUGCCGCUCAAACAUGGGAGGCACUGCUAUUGCAGCAAACAUUGUCAUGAUCCUGAUGAUCAUCGUUUGGGCCGGCCUGCUCUCAGGUGUGACCUUCUUCCUGUUGAAGAGAACACGUAUGCUGCGCAUUGACGAGGACACUGAGGCAAUGGGCAUCGACAUGAGGUCCCACUCGCCGCCCAAAGCAUAUGCCCUCACAACUGCUCCGGCAGAUGGUGUUGGUCAUGCGGCCGGUGGACUUGAUCCAUCGUACAGAUUCACCUGGCAACGUUUUGAAGUUGACACCACAGACUAUCGUGUUGGUGCUUUGGCAGGGAAGUAUCUGGCCCUGGCAAGGGGUAGGGCCAGAGUAAUGGCAGUUCGUGUUGUUCAAGAUGAUGCCGAAGAGGUCAUCAUAGGUUACCUGGCGGACACCAACAUCGACCCCAAGAGAAAUGAUGGCAGGCCGCUUUGUGGUUGGGGACAGCUUUGGCACCCAAAGGAUGGGCCAAAGCUGGGCCGACGGGCCCUGCAGAGCUGGGAGACGGGAGGUUGCUACAAAGUGGAUGGCAAGCCAGUCCUGCGAGUUGGUGCAGACUUGGAGACGGAUGCUCUAUGCGAGUUGGAUGAGCCAAACGAGGUACUUUUGCUGGACCUUGCCCUGGCAGUCACAAAAUCCAACUCAGAGCCACGCUUGCGUGGGAAGGUGCGCACCGAUGGUGGACUUCUUGGAUGGUUAACCAUUGAGUUGCCGGGGGCUCCACCGUUGCUUCAUCGCGUGAAUCUUCUUCGAAAAGAUGCGCUUUUGGGACAGAUCAGUCCCUUUCCGGUGCCGGUUUGUCUGGACAUGGCCGUUUGCAAAGAAUCUGCGCGCCGUAGCUCUCGACGAGCACCAGUGGUGGGGCCCAGCGACUAUCCAUGGGACAUAGGAGGUGUUUACCGAACAUUGGAAAAGGUGAGGUUUGACGAGGGCAUUGUUCUACGCGCUGGGAAGUUGGUGCAGGUGGUAGCGAUUCGACCGUUUGCUGCAGAAUCUCGCGUGGACCAAGAGCAGUUGCGAUUGCACCUCCGAGUCGAAACUGGCACUAUGGCUGGACGAAGUGGUUGGAUCACUACUAGCAGCUCCAUCAGGAAGGCAGCACUGGAUGUCAGAAACCACUUGGAGUUUCAGCAAGUUAUAGAAGCUGCUGCUGUCGAACCUCCUUCCGAGGCCUUCACAGUACGGAUUGAGCGCUGUGGGCGGGCGUUGGGGCUGCACCUCCGUGGUCUCCAUAUAGACACAAUACUACCUGAAGGAGCAUUUCACGAGUGGAACCAGGCGAGCACUGCGCAGAAGGUCAAGCCGGGGGACCGGAUCAUUGGAGUAAAUGGCCUGGAUGAUCGGUCUAUCGAGACCUUGAUUCUUGGCGCUCGAGUCUUCCAUCGCUCCGUUCGUGUCGUCCUCUUGCUCCGUUCGUAG